GAUGGCAUCAGUGAAGCUGGAAGACUGCAGUCAAACACUGGAGCCGAAUGUCAACAUUAAAGAUGAAGAAGAGGAGGAGAAGAUUGGGACAUCUGUUAAUCAUGGAGACCAUGUUGAGACAUUCUCUACAUCCAGAGGGCAACAGCAGGAAAAUCACAGAGCUAAGAGGUCUCAUCCCUGCCCACAUUGUGAGGAGAUUUUCCCAAUUUUAUCAAAACUAAAAAUACACCUAAAAAUACACACAGGAGAGAAUCUGUAUUCCUGCACAGAUUGUGGGAAGAGUUUAAAAACAUCACAGGCACUGACAGUUCAUCAGAGAGUGCACACUGGAGAGAAACCUUACUCCUGCUCUGAUUGUGGGGAGCGUUUCUCUCAUCAGAGCAACUUAAAAACACACCAACGUAUACACACAGGGGAGAAGCCUUACUACUGCUCUGACUGUGGAAAAUGUUUCACAACAUCAACUGGGCUAAGAGUUCAUCAGAGAACACACACAGGAGAGAAGCCUUACUUCUGUUCUGACUGUGGGAGGAGUUUCAUAACAUCAAGGACUCUGACAGUUCAUCAGAAAAUGCACACUGGGGAGAAACCUUACUACUGCUCUGAUUGUGGGGAGAGUUUCUCUCAACAGAGCAAUUUUAAAACACACCAACGUACACACACAGGAGAUAAGCCUUACUACUGCUCUGACUGUGGGAAGGGUUUCUCUCAACAGAUCCACUUAAAAUGUCACCAGAGAACACACACAGGAGAGAAGCCUUACUCCUGCUCUGACUGUGGGAAGGGUUUCUCCCAACAGAGCAACUUAAAAUGUCACCAACGCAUACAUAAAGGAGAGAAGCCUUACUCCUGCUCUGACUGUGGGAAGUGCUUCACAACAUCAACUGAGCUAAAAGUUCAUCAAAGAGGACACACAGGAGAGAAGCCUUACUCCUGCUCUGACUGUGGGAAGAGUUUCUCCCAACAGGGCAGCUUAAAAAUACACCAACGUAUACAUAAAGGAGAAAAGCCUUACUCCUGCUCUGACUGUGGGAAGUGCUUCACAACAUCAACUGAGCUAAAAAUUCAUCAAAGAAGACACACAGGAGAGAAGCCUUACUUCUGCUCUGACUGUCAGAAGAGUUUCUCCCAAUUGGCUACCUUAAAAACACAUCAACGUAUACAUAAAGGCAAGAAGCCUCAUCAGUUGUCUCAGGCCAGUUAAGAUUAGUCACUCCAUCGCUUCAUUCUCAUCUCAUAAAGGAAGUGGUAACAGGGAAUUUGAUAACAUUAACACGAACACUCUAUUGUAAUCCUAUUGUUUCUCAUUGACAACUGUGCAGAGGAAAGGGAGCGUUAUAGAAUGUCAUUGGAAAUAUUUUUUUGUUGGGGUGGCGCUAGAGAUGUUGAAACAUUGAAACAUUUUCCUUUUAAGGCAAAAACAAAAGGAGGGUGGUUGGUUGGUCGGGUGGAUGGAUGGGUCAGCAUAUAACAUGAACGUAUUGCAACCCAAAGGUUUCAUGUUCGAAUCUCAUCAUGGACAACUUUUGCAUUUUAGCUAAUAAGCAACUUUGCAACUACACUACAUGACCAAAAGUAUGUGGACACUUACAAAA